CGCGCCCUUGGCAUCACGUGACCCGCACGCUCCACUCUCAGAUCCCGGAUGUGGUUGCCAAAACAAAGGGGAUUUGGUGAUGGAGGCUUUGUUGGAAGGAAUGCAAAAUCGGGGGCAUGGGGAUUUUUGACAUCCUGUGAAGCAGAACUGCAGGAGCUCAUGAAACAGAUUGACAUAAUGGUGGCUCAUAAAAAAUCUGAAUGGGAAGGGCAGACACAUGCUCUAGAGACUUGCUUGGACAUCCGAGAUCAGGAACUUAAGAGUCUUAGGAAUCAGUUGGAUAUGAAACACAAAGAGGUUGGGUCGUUGCGUCAACAGAUAGAAGAACAUGAAAAAAUCAAGGAAGAGAUGGCCGUGGAGUAUAAGCAGGAGUUAAAGAAACUACAUGAAGAAUUAGGCAGACUGAAGAGAAGCUAUGAAAAGCUACAGAAAAAGCAAAUAAGGGAAUUAAGAGGAAAUACCAAAAAUCCCAGGGAAGAUCGAUCUGAAAUUGAGAGGUUAACUGGAAAAAUAGAGGAAUUUCGUCAGAAAUCUCUGGACUGGGAGAAACAACGCUUGAUUUAUCAGCAACAGGUAUCUUCUCUGGAGGCACAAAGGAAGGCUCUGGCUGAACAAUCAGAGAUAAUUCAGGCUCAGCUCACCAAUCGGAAACAGAAGUUAGAGUCUGUGGAGCUUUCCACCCAAUCAGAAAUUCAGCACCUGAGCAGUAAGCUGGAGCGGGCCAAUGACACUAUCUGUGCCAAUGAGUUGGAAAUAGAGCGCCUCACCAUGAGGGUCAAUGACUUGGUUGGAACCAAUAUGACUGUUCUGCAGGAGCAGAGGCAAAAAGAAGAACAAUUGAGGGAAUCUGAAAAACUGUUAGAGAUGGAAGGACAUAACAAUGACUACAGGGAAGAGAUUAAGAAGUUGAAAGAACAGAUUAUACAGGCUGAACAAAGUUACAGUUCUGCACUAGAAGGAAUGAAGAUGGAAAUCUCCCAGCUAACUCGGGAGUUACAUCAGCGAGAUAUUACUAUUGCUUCUGCCAAAGGUUCUUCCUCAGACAUGGAAAAGCAACUCAAAGCAGAGAUGCAAAAGUCAGAAGAAAAAGCAGUAGAGCAUAAGGAGAUUUUGAAUCAGCUAGAGUCACUCAAGUUAGAAAACCAACGUCUUUCUGAAGUGGUGAUGAAGUUGGAAUUGGGUUUACAUGAGGCAAAAGAGAUUUCACUAGCAGACCUCCAGGAAAAUUAUAUUGAGGCAUUAAAUAAAUUAGUGUCUGAAAAUCAACAACUACAGAAAGAUUUGAUGAAUACUAAAUCUCAGCUGGAGAUUUCUGUUCAGAUGUGCAAAAAACAAAAUAACAGGAUCUUUAAACCAACACACAGCAGAACAACUGAAUUCAAGAAUACAGACUUCAAACCAACCCAUGGCCAACACAGAAAUGAUGGAAUAAAGACUGAGCACUACAAAACUGGUCUUCAUUCUCCCAGAGGACAAGCGUUGGAUAGUGUAGACCCUAUGUCCAGGGUCCUAAGCCCCUUGAGUCCUCAAAUCAGCCUUGGCAGCUCCACCAACUCUUUGCCUUCCUACUUUCUGUGUAAAACUCACUCUUUGCCUUCAGCGCUAGAUACAAAUGAAGCCACUUUUUCUGACACUGUGUCAGAGAGUAUGAAUGACCAAGAAGAAUUUAUGUCUUCGUGUUCCUUGCCUGUGUCUCCCCUCGGUUCAAUAGCUACCAGAUUUUUGGAAGAGGAGGAGCUGAGAUCUCAUCAUAUUCUGGAGCGCCUUGAUGCUCAUAUUGAAGAACUAAAAAGAGAGAGUGAAAAGACAGUGAGACAAUUCACAGCCCUAAAGUAGCCCUUAAAAAAUCACAAACUUGGAAAUAAAAACACUGAAGAGUUACUAUCCUUUGAAGUAGCAGCUCUUAAAAACAUGAGCAUACAAAAUUACAAAGAGGAUACAUACUAAAGCAGUGGUGAAGAAAUCUGAAAAAUUGAUACUUCCUCAGACAUUUUCACUGCACUGGUUUGUUUGAAGGACUUCCUCCAGCAGUAAUUUGUGAGAAUAAAACAUUUUGAUAGAC